CGCAGCCCUUGUAAUGGCCACCUCGGCCACCGACUCGACGGUGGCGGCGAGCGCUCACCACAGGGACAAGGACAGACCUGCUGGCGGGACUGCUCGCAUGUCUGGUAACAAAACCCCUAGGAAGGUCCAAUGGAAGGAUGAGCGCGAGCAGGAAGAGCAGGAAGCUGAAAUGAAAGCUAGGGCACUGGAUGAGCAUGCACUGGACUCGGAAGCAUUCGAGGCGCUCGCCGACAAGCUUGAGCGUCAUCGCUCUUCUUCUAAUGGCAACCUACCAAGACCCCGCCCCUCUUUGUUAAUACCCCCCACAGCUCCGUACAUGAAUGAGGGCCACACUGGCCAAAGCAGCACAAAUCAAAGCAACACGCCCGGCUCUUCCUCUUCGCCCGAGACGCAGCCGGGAACAGCCUCAUCCUCUCCUACCCGCUCCAUUCCCGGGGAGAUUAUCAUAGAGGCUACAGAAACGGAGGGCCUUCCUGGCCGCAACAUGGAGAAGCUGGCAUGGAAUCGAGCGUCUGAUGUCGUUCGAGCCCAUACUCGUCGAUUCAAUCCCAAGCAGCUCAGAAGUCGCGGUGGCAGAGGUAAGGAAGAAAUCGACGAAGACGACGUUAGAGACGUCGAGGAGGCAGAGAGCUCUAGAGUCGCCGGGAAGACCGGUGUCUGGAGUCGUUUCAAGAGAAAAGUUCGAGGUAAAAGACGUUCGGGGGAUGUCUCGGAAGACGAAGAUGUUGAGAAGGAGGCGCAACGUGACGUGUCAUCGCCCCAGCGUCAACAAUUGGGCGUUCUCUCGACUUUGCUGACGCUGUACGAUAAUGGUCCAUACGCAUCCGGCGCAUCCACCCCUACCACUCGAACGUCUAUGGACACCAGUAUCUCUCCCUCCGCGGCCAUCAGCCGAUCUUCGAGCGCUGAAGGGUUAGGACCCCCUGUUCAAGCCCAUGACUACUUCUCUCCCCAACCGAAUCACACCAAGGAGCAUAGCCACCUCAAUCAGUUCUUUGGACCCGCUUCCGCCCCUGCACCCCCUCCUUCAGUUGCCACAAAGAGCCCAAGCCGCAGUCCGAAGAUGCCACGUCUCAAGCUCUUCGACGAGAUAACACGUCCACCUCCGCAACGGAAUGGGGCAGGCGUGAUAGGAUCCCUGAUCGCGAGCACGGGUAACAUCUCUGGUGCAGCAGCUCCCUCCGCAAGUACCCUGGCGCCGAACAUCAAGCGCCCUGGGUAUCAUCUUUCCAGGUACUCAUUGGAAACCGACCUUCCCAAGGCGGAACCUAAGAAGAGCCUAUCUCGUCCACGGUCUAUGAUGCUUGACACAUCCAGUAUCAAGUCUAUGCCCGUGCCCAUGAUCACGAAGGAACUGGUAUCUCAAUCGAUGCCGUCGUCUCCUCAGACGUCAGGUUCUCAGACACCCAUGGAUCAUUCUCCCCCAGCCGCUAUAUCCCAUGCAGCCAGACCUCUUUCCGUGUUCAAUCCCGAGUCUCGGACCCAGGAACGUAAGGAACACAGGAGGAAUGGCAGCAGGUUCUCUGGCGUCCUCAAGGACCUGCCUAAAUGGGGUCCGCUCGGCUUCACUAGCCAACCGCCUACGCCGGGGACCAUUGGGACCAUGGGAAGUGAGAGCGGCAGUGAGUGGUUAGACGAGAAGACUUUGGCGUAUAUGGGCAUCACCGGCGACGACCGGAAGAGGGAGAAACGCAAGAAACGGAAGAAGGCGGAAGUCUAUAUCACACGGCAUGUCGCGGAGAUCAUCCAGCGUCAGGAGUUCAUCCUCAAGUUUGCCCGUGCGAUGAUGAUGUUUGGAGGGCCGACCCAUCGAUUGCAGGCUCAGGUGCAGGCAACCGGCAAAGUUCUCGAUAUCAACCUUAGCUGCAUGUAUCUGCCAGACGUCAUGCUCAUCAGCUUUGACGAUACCGGUACGAGCACGAGCAAUGUCAAGUUAAUUCGGCAAGGCAGCGCACUGGACCUAGACAAAUUGGGUGAAGCAUACCGCUUAUAUUGGAAGGUCAUCCACGACUCCAUCUCCGUGAAAGAUGCCUCCGUAGAGCUUGACACGCUCAUGCGUCGCAAGCCCAUGUACAGCUGGUGGCAGCUCAUUCUUAUCGGAGGCUUCUGCUCGUCCGCGAUCUGCAGCGUCUCAUUCUCUGGCAGCUUCAUUGAUAGUGUGAUCAGCUGGCCCCUCGGCGCAUUGCUUGUCGCCAUCCAAUUACUUAGUGUCAAAAAUGAGCUUUACAGCAAUAUCUUUGAGAUCACCAUUGCUACUCUUAUCAGCUUCCUGUCAGCUGCUUUAGCUUCGACAGGUGUCUUCUGCUAUUCGGCUGUUGCUUCAGCUUCUAUAGUACUGAUUCUGCCUGGUUUCAUCGUGCUCAAUGGAUCUCUCGAACUGUCCUCUCGUAAUAUCGUCUCCGGAGCUGUCCGCCUUUGCUUCGCCAUCAUGUAUUCCCUGUUCUUAGGCUUUGGUCUGGCGAUCGGAGCAGAAAUUUAUCAGGCCAUCACGCACCAGCGUGUACUGGGUCCAGAAGACUAUUCGUGUGCGGUCAGCCAUCACCCUGAUGGAGGAUGGUGGCAGCGGACGCCAAGUACCUAUUGGGCAUUCCUUACUGUUCCCAUGUAUUCCUUAUUCCUCAGUUUAAGAAACCACGCACCAUGGAACAGAAGGGAACUGUAUCUGCUCGUGGCCAUAUCCUGCUGUGGAUGGGUUACCAAUCACUUCACCGGCACGAAGUUCCCGAAUCAGAGUGACAUCAGCGCAGCUGUGGGUGCCUUCGCAGUGGGCUUCAUAUCAAAUAUAUAUGGGCGGUUCUUCAAGGGGAAUGCCUUCAUAGUCAUGAUAACGGGUAUUCUCUUCCAACUUCCCUCCGGUCUAGGCAAUGGCGGUCUGCUCACUUUUGCCUCGCAACAAACGUCCGGCUCAUCCUCAUCCACGUCCUACCUCUCCGGCUUCCAAACUGCCCUUCAGCUAGUCUCGGUCUCCAUUGGCCUGACUGUUGGUCUUGGUAUAUCUAUCUUCGUUGUUCAUCCUGUUCCCUCACGCCGUCGCGCUGGUGGUGUUUUCAGUCUAUAG